GUUAAUUUUACCUAUUGAACAUAUCUUCAAAAUAAAAGUACUUGGCAACGCCUUAUUAAGUCAACGUCUGUUCAAAUUUGUUUGUUAGCAGUUUUAACGCUUUUAAAAAUGCACACUCCACCAAUAAAACGUAAUGCUAAUAGCACUAUUAACGAAAUGGUUUACCACACUCCACGCACGCCUCAACCGUCAAUUAGCUUUAGCAAAGAAUUGCGGCAAGCGUUGCAGGAACGCAAUUUGCUAACAGCAAAAUCACGUAAUAAGGUUUGUGCUAUGCUGAAUAAUAGCAGCGCUUCCAGCACCUAUGGUACUCCCAUUGGCGGUGAAGCUGAUAAACGAAAGAAUUUUCGUAUGCAAGCAAUACAGGAAAUCAUCACUUCGGAAAAAACAUACUUGAACCAAUUGGAAACACUUAUACAGUAUUUCGUACGUCCUCUGCAAAGUAUUAUUGAUGCUUCCAGCCACUCAAUACUGUUUAGUCAUAUCGAAAUGAUACACAGUUUAAAUGGUGAGUUACUGAGCCAACUGGAAAAUGAUGUUAAGAAUGUAGCUCAUGCCUUUCUUAAAAUGGCACCAUUUUUUAAGUUAUAUUCAGUGUAUGCAUUUGAUUAUCGCAAAGCUUUGCUGGUAUCGCAGAGUUUACUAAGUAAAAAUGCGGCCUUUCGUAAAUUUCUGGAAGACACUGAAAGUCGUCCCGAAGUACAACGAAAGUUGAACUCCUUUAUGAUAACACCUAUACAACGUGUACCACGUUAUAAACUACUACUGGAGCAAGUUCUAUUAUACACUAGUCCUGCUGAUGAAGAUUACAAACUAUUAAAAGAAUCUGUUAAACAGAUUGAAAUGACUGUUUUGCACAUAAACUCCUGCGUUGAAGAUCAGGAAAUCACCCAAAUGCUCAUUAAUUUACAAAAUUCUUUGCUUAAUCGUUCUCCUAACAUUGUGAAACCAUCACGCAAAGUUAUUAAGGAAGGCAUUUUGCAGAAGGUGACAAGGAAUGGCACUGAUGUGAAACGUUAUUGUGUUCUCAUGUCAGAUAUUUUUAUGUACUGCAAAAUACUUAAAGAGCGUGCUCCUAAUACUGUGGUCGAAAACUCACUUGAGUGUUGUUGCAUUUUCCCGCUAAAAAAGUGUAAAGUCUACGAACUAUUCCCAGGCAACUUCAAGGUUACUUGCCAAGGAGAUGGCAUUAUUUUUGGUACUACAGAUUUACAACUAGGACGCACUUGGGUUGGUUUUCUAAGAGAUGCCAUAGAUUUACAUGUGGAAUGCAGGAAAACACUACGAAAAGAGUCUAGCAAGAGAACACCCAUAAGGAAAAAGGAUAUGAAAAAAUUUGAUAUGGAUUAUGUGUUGAGUCCAAAUAAAAAGAAGUGCGAUUAUGAUUCAAUUUAUCGCAAUAAAAAUCGCAAUUCUGAUUCUGAUGAUGACAGCGAUAGUAAAAUUUCAAGUACUUGCUUUCCACGUGCAAAGAAAUCAAUUGGCGCCACUGACAAAGUCAAAAACAACACCAACACAAAAUGUGUCGCAUUCACAGAAUCUUCAAUGCCAGAUACACAAACUGUGGAAAUGCGCAGUGAUUCUCAACGUACUUCAAAGAACCCAACUGAAAAUCGUAUUUCCAAAUUAUACAAAUACAUCGCUACAGAGAAAAAUCCCAUUCGUGGUAUAUUAAAGCGCACACAUACAACGAAUGCCACAGAUAUGACUCCAAAUACAGAACAUGAUCCUACUUAUGGAUUCGCUAGUCGUUAUUCAAAUUCAAAGUCAUAUUUUCGUGCACAUAACGUUGACAAUACAAUACCAAGAGCAAUAAAUCGUGAAGAUGUAUUUGGUAAUGGUAACUUUCGUGAUGUGUUGUAUCCAUUACGUUCAAGUGGUGGCAGUAAUAAAAGUGCACACUCUGCUAAUUGGAGUAUGCCGGAACAUCUCAUACAGAACGAAAACUUUAGUACUCCACCACAGAAGAAACGUGUUAAGUUUGAUGAUUCCGAGGCGAAUACUCCAUCGAAACCGAAGGCAUACAGUUUUACCAGUUCGAGUUGCACUAAUUCCCAGCAAUCGUUGCCAGAGAAGAUUUACAAUUUUUUUGCAAAACUGUUUUAGUUUUUGUUGUGUUUUUACAAUUCUGAUAUUAUUUUUUAAUAUUUUCACAAUUUAUUUUUUAAUUCAUAUCUCAUGAAAGAAUCUCUUAUUUGACAUUACCAUUUUUCUACUGUUAUGAGAUGUUUAAGUAAAUAAUACAUAU